CACCUGUCCAUCCAGCCAUUUCCAUAUUCAUAUGCUACGGCGUCGUUUUAGUAUUCGGACCAAACUAAACAAAUUACAAAGGAUAUCGGCCACCGGAGACAGACAAAGGCAACCGAGCUGAUCAACGUCUUGGUUCUUCCGUCCAAUUCAAUCCCCGGAGCUCCUGCUUUCGAUUAACCCAGUAAAGGGUUGGUUUAUUGUGCUUGAUAAAUUGUUUGAUUAGUUGUACUUGUUCACAAGAAGAAAGGAUAUUAAAAUGUGGGGAUUUGCUUCUAAUGCCAUUACAAGCAUUGGACUUAGAAGAAGUUCUUCAGAGCCGAGCCGGGUGUGUUUGGACUCCUCAGACGAUGAAGUUUGCUCAAAUUCAAGCCGAGAGGAAGGGCUAGAAUGCCCUAUUUGCUUGGAAUCGUUCAACAUUGUCGAGAACGUACCCCAUGUAUUAUGGUGUGGUCAUACCCUGUGCAGAAAUUGUGUCUUAGCGCUUCAGUGGGCUGUCUUCAGAUUUUCGACUCAAAAAUUUAAGGUCCCAUUUUUAAUAUCUUGCCCGUGGUGCCACCUGUUUUCUUUGCGGCUGGUUUAUAAGGGGAUUCUAAAGUUUCCUCGCAAAAAUUUCUUCCUUCUAUGGAUGGUUGAGAGCUUCAAUGGUGAUAGGGCAAAGUUUGGUCCUGCCUGCAAUGGGGAAAAUCAACAAAUUGGUUCUCCAAGAGUUAACUUGGCUCCUGGAAAUCAAUCUGGCUAUAGUAACCUGAGGAGGAACCAUUCUAGUUGUCCUUUGCUAUCAAGGUAUAAUGGUGUUGAUGGAGGUGGUCGUGUGGACCGGCAUCAUUUCUCCCUUCACAAGUCUUUGGACUGCUUCAUUCACAUUACAUCCAAGUUCCCAUUAGUUAUUCUGCUGCUGUUGAUUGUCUUUUGCGUAAUACCGGGGAGUGCUAUAAUUUUGGUACUCUACUUGCUACUCACGGUUGUUUUUGCAAUCCCAUCUGUCUUGGUAUUGUACUUUGCAUAUCCCACGUUGGAGAGGUUGGUGAGGGAGAUAACCUCGUGAGGCAUCAU